CAUGUCACGCGCGUGCUUUGUUAGGGACCUAAGCCCGCGGCUCGGGGAGGCAGUGAUUCUAGACUCCUACUGGCCAGAGGCAACAAAGGGAGCUCUCUCUCCCUUCUUUAUUUGGGUGGCGGGCUUGGAGCUUGCCAACCACGAAGCUGAGCUUCAGCUUCUAGCUAGCUAUCCCACAGCAUGGCGCUCCUCCACAACAACGAACUGGAUAUGUCUUUAUAUCCUGUAAUUUUCCCGUCUGGUAUAUGGGCAGCAAUCGACAAGAUGCAUCUCCCACGACCCUUUGGUAUGGAUUCUUUCGGGCUCAAUUUCCAAGACGUGCAAUACUCGGUGCCAUUAUCGCCCGAGACGAUUCCGAGUUCCAGCUCGGGGAUGCAACGGGACGACUACUUCAGCCCUCUUCAAAACAGCAACAAGAUUUCCCAGGAAGGGCAAGGAUUCCUGGACCAAUCUCAGCUAGUAGGAUCUGUAGAAACAGCUGCCCCGAGUGGGACUUCCCUGCAACGUCCGGUAUUGCAGGCGAGAACCAGUCAGCCACCGCCGGUUCGAAAGAGCUCUACACACGGGCAAGUCUCGUUCUCGGCUAGUAACUAUACGCCUACGCCUUCAUAUCUAAGCCCCCAGCCGCUCGGGGAUCUGGACAAUGAACGUGCCUACCUCGUAUCCAAUCUCCACCAGCAGAGUGACAAAGCUACCAAAAACUACGAGAGAUAUGUUGCACUUGAAGCACAGCUCCCCGAGGCCCAGAAAGGAAGCGAGACCAGGAAGGUCAAAAGAAAGAUGAGCUCGUUGAGAAACAAGAUUGGGGAGAGCUCGCAGCAGGAACAGCUCGUACUCUUGCGACUUGGCGAGAUCUUCUUUGAGUCGCAGAAAAGGCAACACAAGCAGCAGCAGCAGCAGAACUUCACAUCGCUACAGCAGGUAUUGCCUAUGGCGCAGUUCCCCCCGAUGGCUGAAGCCAGCCCCUUUCCAACCACGUCGUCCUCUGCGGGAACAUCGUCUGACUACUUCACCCCUUCGUCCGCGCUGAGCCCCCUAUCGCCUGCUUUUGUUCCUGGUGCCAUCACGUUUUCCGAGGACAUAUGGGGCGAGAAGCCAGCACCGGGGAAGCCAAUAGAUGAACCCCAGACGAUAAAGGAAGAGAGAAAACCGGAAACGGCGGGAGGUAUGGGAAGCUUCGACGAGGCGAUGCCCGACGCCAUUGGGAAUUGCGGAGAGUUUUCGGAGAGAGUCGAGUACAAUGAUGAUCGCCAAAUGGCAGGGGACAGUGGAACGGAAGAGGCACAGAUUGACGAUGUCAUGUGGGACUUUGACGGCGACGACUCUGAGCAGGCGGGGGUUGAUAAGAAGAGACAGCGACUGAGCAGCCUCUCCCUCCCGUUACUGUCGCCUUCUCCUAGAGAGAAGCGGAUGAGCAUGCCGUCUCUGAAGAAUCUGUGGCCCAAGUCAUGGACCCACAGCUCCCAACCGGCUUCAUGAAUGCGUCACGACGAAAUUUGCAGGAACCGAUACCAAAAUCGCGAUGGC